AUGACUCCACAGGAUCUUUUGGAUAGUCUGGUGUUGGAUGAACCAAGAGGUGAGAUUUUUGGUUGAGUUAUGGGAUGUUCUAGCCUGAUGAGGUCGAAAUUUUUACUACUUGACUAAUUUGUGACUUGUUUUCAGAUUUUAAGUUAAUAUUGGUUUUGUUUCAGAAAGAGUAUUUCGCAAUGUAUUGGAGAAACGCGAUGUUGAGAGAAUGUUGCGCAUGACACCUGCUCUGAAGGCUGGUGCUAAUGAUGUAUUUAGAAGUCUUGGGCAUAAUGGCAUUAUUUCCUACGCAGAAUAUUUGUUUUUACUCACUUUAUUAACGAGUAAGUUAUGUUUUUUGCUUUUUAUGUGUUCAGGAAGCAAUUUUGGAUAUUAUCAUAGACGUCUGACCUGUUUAGCCUUUUUCUAAGAUUCCUAACAAAUAAGUCGUUGAUACGUAUAUUUUCUAUUGCCGUUAAUGUGAGAAGGAUCUUUUACGGCUUACCCAUAAAUUUGGAGCAGUUUUGACGAUUGGAUACACAGUUAUAACGAUUUAUGUUAACAUAGGUUUAAUAUUCUCCAUCCUUUCAGAAUCUCACUCCUCCUUCAAAGUAGCUUUCACUAUUUUUGAUAACGAUGGUAAUGAAAAGAUUGACAAAGAAGAAUUUCUAAUGGUAAGUACGUUUACUUCUAUUUGCUUGAUUGUGUUUGAUGUUUUUGCACAUUAAUCAUGUUAUAAUAGCUUGAAGGAUUGUUUUGCUGAACUAACGUUUUUCUCUUGCUCAGUGUCUUUGACUUUGACUGUUUAAUAUAAUAUGUCAUUUGAAUUUUGUGUUACUUUGAAAGUGUUUAAACUGUCUUGUAGAUGGUAUGAUGGCUUGUUUAAUCUUGUUUUUGAAGGAUAAUAUAGGAUGGCUUAUUAAUGGCAAAUUGGCUAAUAUUUUUGAAUUUGAGCUGUUUUUAAUGACAAAAAUUGAUAUGAAGCUUACAAUUUGUUAGCUUUGACAUUUUUUGUGGUUUUAAUUUAAAAUUUUUGUUUAGUUUUCGAAAUUUGGGCUUGAAACUUCAAUUUAAGUUGAUGUGCCUACUAUAAUAUAAAUCCAUGAUAUUAAAUAUCAGCAAAUGGUUUAAAAAUAACAAAGCUUUGGAAUGUGAUAGUUUGUGGUAUAAGGAAUGGCACAAAAUUUUUAAAUUAUUGAAAAGUCGUGUAAUGUGAAAAUAUUGUGAAAAAUGUUUAGGUACGUUCAUUAGUGAUGGCGAAGAACAAAAUUGGCGUAUCAAGGCUACAGCUGGAAGAACAUGUAAGUUUAUGUUGUUGUCGGCUUGUGAUUAUACAGAUCUACAUAUUUUUUAUAAUUUUAGAAAAAAAAUUGAUAAGAUAAUUAGUUAGGUCAAAAAGUAAAUAGAAAGCCAUUAUUGUUAGACGUUUUGAUGUAAUUUUUGUAGAUUUUUGAAAGUUUUGUUGUAAAAUAUGAACCCUUUGUAAUUAUAUAGUAAGUAAUGUACGUGUAAAUCAAUGUUCUUUCAGUUGAUGAAAGCAAGAAUCGGACUCGAUUCAGCAGCUCUACCUGUAUCAAUGGAUGUUCAUGAACUGGCCGGAUUGGAUCAACUUCAGUCGGUAAAAAAAUUGAAAAAUGGUUAUUGUGGUAAAUGAAAAGUAAUGUAAAAAUGUUUUAAAUGGGCUGUGAAGUGUAGUAAAGGCUAUGGUUAUUGUGAAAAUAUGUUAGAAGAAAAAUAUGUUAGAUUUGCAAUAUGAUAUUGUAGUAGUGAAGGUGUAUGUGAGUUAGUGUCGUAAUGUGAGAUAUGGUGUUGUGUGGUAGGAAUUAGGGGUGUAAAUAUGAUAAGGGGUAGGUAUGUUAUUUAAUGGCAAAGUUUUGGAAUUUAAAAAAAAUUUGGAAAAAAAUCGACAGGUGGGAAUAUUUUUGGUAGAAAACUUUUUAUUAAAAACAAGUAAAGAUGGACUAAAAUUGUGGUAAUGUGGUUUUUUUAUUCAACUGUCAGGCUAUCAGCUGUUUUUUGUCUUUUCCAUUCGUUUUUUUUCAACUUUGUAUGUAGGUAUAGCUAUACUGUACUUUAACUUUCACUGCACCGUUUUCUUCUUUUUAUGUCAAAAUCUAUUAUUCUUUCAAGGGUUCUAAUAUUUUUCUUUCCUUUUUCUUUUAUUUUAUAACUAUUUUGAAUUCAGUUCGUUCUGAUUUUUAGUAAAAUUGACCAAAAAUGCCUACUUUCAUAUAUUUUUUUUACUUUUCAAGACAUUUUUUCAAGCACAAUCCCUUCUUUUUUGUGUUGUUUUGUGUUUCGAUGACUUCCUUUUACCGAAAAAUUUGUAAAAUACUGAAGAACGGUGAUUUUUUAGUUUGAAGAAGUCAUCACAUGGCGACAGAAACGCAAAAUGGCAGAGAACGCGGAUCCGCACGCUGAAUCGGUUGGAACAUUGAUUUUUUGAAAGUUUUUAAGGAAAAAUGAGUAGAGUAUAGCUAGUUUAUUGUAUUAAUGAUAGUAGACAGGCAUUUCGGUGUUAUAAUAAGAAUUUAGGGGUAGAUCAUUAAGAAUGAUAGGAAAUCUAAAAAAAAUUGACGUAAUGUCACAAAAAUUAUUGAAUUUCUAAAAUUAUGAAAUAAUGAUUAUUAUGGCUUAGGAUUAACGUUUUACAAUUGUUAGCUCGUAUUUUACUAUAAGAAAAUUAAAUGAUUUUUAAUUUUUGACGAAAUGUCACAAAAAUUAUUGUUUUUUUUAAAGUAUGACAUUAUGAUUAAAUUAACAAAAUAAGUAUGUUUUUGGCGUAUUUUACUAAAAGAUUUUGAUAUUUCAUAUUAUGUUAUGGAACAGCGAUAUUUUUAAAUUGUGGACGAAAUGUCACAAAAAUUAUUGAUUUUUGAAAAUUUUAAAAUUUACUUUAAUAUCGAUAAUAGAGGCUUGUAAGUCAUUGUUAUCUUUAAUUUUUAGCAUGAAACCGACUGUAAAAGACAAGAUACGACUAUUUUACUGCAUUUGUUCGGACCAAAAGGACGAAACAGUAUUUCAUUUGAACAAUUUGAAAUGUAAACCAUUUUUUUCAAAGUUAAAGGGUUUUUAAAUUGAAAUUUUAAAAAUAUUUAAAGUACUAAGGCUUAAAAAGUGUAAUAUUUUUAGGUUCUACAAUAACCUUCAAAGAGAAUUGAUAGAAAUCGAGUUUCAAGAGUUUGCCCGUGGCAAAAAGGAGAUUGCAGCGGUGGAUUUUGCCAAAUUGGUAUUGAGAUACUCAUUGGUGUCGGAUGUGAAAUACGAAGAACAUUUGAGAAGAGUGGCUAAAAGGGUUUCGUUAAGAGAUCCGGUGGGUUUUUGGACUGUUUUUGAAAGGUUUAGGCUUCAAAACGGUCGAUAUCGUACUCUUAUGUUGGCCCUUAUCUUUACUUUUGCCCCUACCUCAAAAAAUGAGAAUGAGCUUGCGUGUUUUACCUAUUUUUACCUUUUUCAGGGUAUUACAAUCGACCAAUUUGAGCAAUUUUCUCGAUUUCUCAACAAUUUGGAAGACUUUUCCCGUGCCGUUCGUCUCUACGCCGCCGCUGACAUUCCAGUAUCGAGAAUAGAAUUUCUAAGAGCAGUUAAGUGUGCAACAGGAUUGGAGCUACAUCCACAUUUAGUGGAUGUGCUAUUCAAGAUCUUUGAUAAUGACAAUGAUGGAAGUUUGUCAUAUAAUGAGUUUAUCGAAAUUAUGAAUGAUCGUCUUCAUAGGGGAUUUAAGGUGAGGUUUUUUGGAGUUUCAUUUGGUUUUGAGUUAAUGUAGACUUGAAAUGGGGACCAUUAGGCCUGGUUCUGACCCUGAUUCAUUUUGGCUUUAACCAGAUCCCGACCUGACUUGGGGUGGGGGGGGCGAAACAAAUUCGAAAAGGACCGGGCCAGAACAUGUGGGCCCGAGGCUUAGGGUCAUUUUAUUUUAGGCCAGCGCGUGGGAUUAUAUAAGAUUUGAAAAUAGCUCUUAUAGCUUUUAAAAAUUUAGUUUUCAGAAUCAAACCCGCCGUUCCGUCCCAGGGCAAUGGCAAAUCUUCAAGGACUGUGUGGUGCGCGAAAUGGCCGUCAAAAGAUGA